AUGGUUCGAUUAUUGGCUGGGUGCAUGCAUUGCUGGCGAAGAAGCUACGAGUGGCGACGUCUUCAACCAUAUUGGAGCAGGCUUGGGCCUCUUGGGCAUUGGCGCUGGCUGGCCUGGGAGACGCUUGGCAGCCUAGGUGCUGCCUUGGAACAAGAGGCGACUCCAGGGAUGCUAUAUGAUCUGGGCGUCAUGAGGACCAAGGCAUAG